GACACUACCCAAAGCAGUCCUUUACUACAGUGGCAGACACACCCGAAAACCUUCGAUUGAAACAACAAAGUGAAUUGCAAAGUCAGGUAAGCUGUGAAUUCUUUUGUCUAUGUGGUGAACCUUGUUCUUAGCAAUUGGGAUCCAUUAUUCUAAAAUAAAGGCGCAAUGGUGUGAGCACCAAAGGUUAGUUCAAACAACACACAUUGCUGUUUUUCCUCUCACACAUGGAAUUUUGAUGUUCCAAGACAGACACAUAUUCGUGUGAGCAAUAAAAUUUGAAUUUACUGGGGGGUGGGGGUGGAGCUCUAUUCAAUUAUUUGUGAUACCCUUUUUGUUGUUGUUUUGAUAAUGGAAACACUGUUUGACUACUUGGGGUAGGUCCAAGCUGAGGAGGGUCCUGCUCAUAGCUGCCUAUGAGUAAUUAAGGUGCCAUUUUACUUGCGCCAGUGGCAGGUGUUCCAGUUCCUGGGAAGAGUGGCCUUUCCACCUGAGGAGGGAUGCUAGGACCUUACUUGGUUGAGGCAGUCAUCUCUUGGGUGGAGCACCCUUUCCUGCUGCUGACCCUUGUUGGCCCCACUGAUUGCACUCUUGGUGGGGUGUCAUGGGAAGGAAGAGGGAGAAGCAGCUUCUCCAAUGAUCAGCAGGAGGUUGCCUGGUUGUGGGUCACCUGGUUGCCUUGCUGAUGGUGAUGCAUGACAGAGCCUUCUCAGUGGUAGCUCCCUGUAGAAUUUGGAGUAUGGCGAAACAUUAAUAUUUGGCUUUCUUGAAGUCCUACUAAACGAUCAAACUGCUUUUGGCCUAAUGAAGAGUGCUGCCCUGAUCAGGAGAAUCAUGGUCUGCCUAAAUCUGUGAUCAUUUAGUUCACAUGCUACAUUGUGAAUGUGUGGCCAAAGUGGGCACUUGCUACACUUCAUUAAAACAGCUUGCCUUGAUAAAAGUUACUCAUGCUCAAGAGUGCAAGUAACUUGCACCAAGUGAAGAGGGGAAGGCCUGUUCACUCUAAUUCAGCCUUUCCCAACCUCAGGCCCUCCAGUUGUUUGGAAAUACAAUUCCCGUCAGUUGCAGCCAGCACAGCCAUGGUAACUGUGGAGAACAACAGCUGGGCAAAGGUUGCCUUAAUGGCAAAGUGUAAGGUUACCGUAACUUCCAUUAUAGAGCUUCAGUAUGCUGAUGACAACGUAGUGUGCGCAUGCUCAGAGGAUGACCUCCGAACCAUCCUAAAUAUCUUUGCAGAAGCUUAGAUAGGCCAAGAAAAGCUUGGCCUAUCACUCAACAUCCAAAAAGCCAAAGUGCUGAACCAACAAGUACAAAAUAACCCUUCUGCAGUGCCACAAAUCCAACUCAAUGGUGUAACGUAGGAAAAUGUCGAUCACUUCUCCUACCUAGGCAGUUAUCUUUACACAAGGGCCAACAUUGAUGCCGAAAUCCAGCAUCGCCUGAGCUCUGCGAGUGCGGCUUUCUCCCAAUUGAAGUGCAGAGUGUUUGAGGACCGGGACAUUCGCAGGGAAACCAAAAUGCUUGUUUACAAAGCUAUUGUACUAUCAACCUUACUGUAUGCUUGUGAAACAUGGACCACUUAUAAACGCCAUCUCCAACUCCUCAAAAGAUUCCAUCAAUGGUGUCUCUGAAAAAAUCUACACAUCACUUGGGAAGACAGGCAAACUAAUAUCAGUGUGCUGGCAGAAGCAAAGAUCACCAGUGUUGAAGCAAUGAUUCUUCAACAUCAACUUCGUUGGACUGGUCAUGUUGUGCGGAUGCUUGAAGAUCGUCUUCCAAAGCAACUACUCUAUUCCGAACUUAAAAAUGGAAAGCAUAAUGCUGGUGGCCAACAAAAGAGGUUUAAAGACUGUCUCAAGGCAAAUCUAAAAAAAUGUAGUAUAAACACUGACAACUGGGAAACAUUGGCCUGUGAGAAUUCCAGUUGGAGAACAGCCUUUACCAAAGGUGUCAUGGGCUUUGAAGACACUCAAACUCAGGGAGGGAGAAACCUGCUAAGAGGAAGGCAUGCUUGGCAAAUCCACACCAUGAUCAACUCCUGCCUGGAAACCAAUGUACCCACUGUGGAAGUACGUGUGGAUCCAGAAUUCACCUCCACAGUCACUUACGGACUCAUUGUUAAAACCGUGUUUAUGGAAGACAAUCUUACACGGCUACGAGUGAUCGCCAAAGAAGAAGUCUUAAUGGCUCCCAACUGCUGCCUGCCUGCAUAUUUGUAUGCAUAUACAAAAGAAUGCACCAGUGAGAUCGGGAGCAGAACUAUGCUGAGCCCCCAGGAAUCUGCAUGUGCCUGCAGUGGACUAAAUUGCACCACAUGUAUGCAUCGAAGAAUUCAUAUUCUCCUGACUUCAUAAAUAAUAGCAAAUGAAGUGUUUACUUGUUUAUUCAAUUAUUUCACCUAUAGCGUCAGUUACAGUUUAAUUUUUAAUGAUUUGUUGUACUAGGCUCAUAAAUAAUUUACUGCAUUUUAUGCAUCAUGCAGAAAGUGCUUCAUUGCCUAACACAAUCUAAAUUUCACAUCUGCAUUACUCUUUGAUCAAGUCCUGUAAAUCUCAAAGUACAGCCUGAGUUGCUUAUUCCUUUGACUAGGAUGCAACUCCUCAUUAAUACUAGUUGCAUCCUAGUGAAAGUUUUGUUUUGUUUUAUAAGGAAUUCGAGCAAAGCAGAGGAAAAGAUGGCACACAGAUGUUCGAGAACUUUCAUAUGUUCACUAAAGGCAGCGAAAUAAGUUUAUGUGCGGUAAUCUAUCUAAAUCAUCUUUUGUAGUGUUCCUUUUUUAGCCUUGCAGAGAAUAUUAUCUUAAUGAGGCACAGGAUGGUAUUCAGCUGAGUUUUACUCAGAGUAGGGAAUAGUGGAAAAUAAGAAACAAUUAAUAAGUUUGGUCAAUUACAGAUGAUGAAUUAGUGGUUGUUUAGUGGAGGAGUUUGAGGGGGGAACCCAGAGUGCUGUUUCAGUGUACAUAGGACCAAGAGACAUGGAUGAUGAGGGAACUGCUGCAGUGACCUACAAUUCCUGUGCCAUGUCGUCUUCCUGCCUGAGAACGUACAGAGUUAUACCUGCAGCAAAACUGCUUCACUGAAGGUUUUUAAGCAGAGGGUGGAUGUUCAUCUGUCAUGGAUACUUCAGCUGAGAUUCCGGCGUUGCAGGGGGUUGGACUAGACAACCCUCUGAGCCCCCUUCCAAAUCUACAAUUAAUUUAAAAAAUACCAGCAUUUAAUCUGCACUAGUGGUGUUGUCAAUGUUAGUCAAAAUAUUCAGGUGUUAUGUGCAAUUUUAACUAUAUUUGAAAACGGUGAGGUAUAAACCAAGGUGGUGUUACUGACAACAAAAAACGGUAGAGGUAUGAAGUGCUACAAAUAUCUUAAGUGGCAGGAACAAAAUGGCACAACUGAAUCGAACAUUGUCCUAGAAAAUUAUAUGAAGGAUGACUGCCCUUUCCCGACAAUUCUCAGUGUGUGUAAGGGGGAGUGAGACUGUACUAGCCAGCCCCUGAUAUAGAUGCACAACAUUCCUUUGACCACACACCCAUCAUUCACACGUUCAGAUGAUUUUACAAAAGGGGCUCUUAUGCGUGUGUAGCCCUAUGCAAUCAAGAACUCUAUUCAGUUUGUCCAACCUGAGUUCAGUGAGGCUUAUUUCCAUGUAAGUGUGCAGUCCUAACAUUUGUCAGGUUCAGUAGCUAGCUUUCUAAUUAAAUUCUUCUUGCCUGCUUGAUGGAGGAAAGUUUGUCUUAUCUUGGUUCAAUAAGCGGUGUUCUCAUAACACAGGAAGCUUCCUUAUAUUGAGUCUGACCAUUGUUCCAUCUAGUUCAGUGUUGUCUACACUGAAAGGCAGCAGCUAUCCAGGAUUUCAGACCAGGGUCUCUCCCAUUUCUACCUGGAGAUGCCAGGGAUUAAACAUGGCCCCUCUCCAUUCAAGCGAAUGCUCUAUCACUGAGCUAUGGCCCUCCUCUCUAUUAAACAAUUUUUGCCCCUCCACCCUCUCUGAAGGUUGUGUUUCUGUCAAACUUUUGCUUUGUUGUUUCUCAUUUAGGUUCUGACUUCCUCUAGGCGUUUAAAAUAUUUAGUUACUAAAGAAGUCCAUAUUUUUAUAACUUGAAAUUCGGUAUGAUUUUCAAAAAAGCUGAUUUUCAAAAAAAAAAAAUUUAAGUCAGGACACCUGAAUGUCAUUAAUAUUAAAUGACAAACAUUGAUUUCUGGUGAGACUUCCUAAUUUUGUAGUGCUUAAUUUGCCUGAAGCAUGGCUCAAAACCACAAAGGAGCAUGUCAGGUAAAUAUAUUCUACGCUGCAGCGUGAAGCUUAAUUGGAACUGAUCGUGAAAUGCUUGAUUUGAAAAGCUAUUGAUUUUUUGUUCUGUCGUGUUUAGUUCGUUUUGAAAUGAUGAACAUUUAUUGCAGAUGUUUAGCUCUAGUAGAGUUUUUAGUAUCCUGACCAGCACUGUCUGAAUACACAAACAACUUCCUGUAUAUUUUGAGAGGCUGAAGUAACUCGCUUUUAAAAAAUCCGCCUACAAGAUGCAUAAUUUGGUUUACCUGAACGUUUAAAACAUGAAAAUAAAACUAACUAAGCUUGAUACAGGGAAAGUAUGCAACUGCCUACUAGAGGGCAAAUUUUAAAACUAUCUCAGAAACAAAAUGAUUCUUCCCUAUAUUUUCAGGAAACCCCGUAACACUUCAAAACCAGUCCCUUUGCUGGGUAAUUCAGAUAGAAAUAGGAUUGGGGUUCCUUCCUUUCCGAUGCUAAUCAAAUGUGGAAACAGAAGAAUUGUGAUUUAUGCUUCCUGUAUUCCAUUCAUGCAUACCAUUAAUCUCAGCCCUUUAUUAUGCUUCAGAUUAAAGCCAUGUGUUGUGGAAUAGAAGGCUGUGCUUCCACACAAUGCAAUGGAAGUGUAUUUCAAGCUAAUGUGCAAUAGCCUAUUCUAAUUUAUCCAAUUCUGUAGAAUAUUCUGACAUUAAUCCACCUAGUUCAGACAUAGCAGGGAACUCUGGCUUAAUUCAAGCCAGGAUAUUUGACCUGAAGCUGCAUGCAAUGGGAGGAGGGAAGUGGUGAGGGAGGAGCAUGUGGCCGUGGCUUGUGGCACUUGCCUGAAGCUGACGAUGAAUGCCCAAAUGCGGCCAGUGCCACAGUGAGGUAAAGUGUUUCCUCUCUGUGCAAGGAGUAUUUAUUUAGGACAUUUUUUUACCCUGUCUAUCUUCAACCAUGGAACUCAUGGUGACAUUCAUGUGCUCCCCAUUCCAGGCACUGAUAAGACACAGAGCAGCUUAGCUUUAUUCAAGACUCCCUUAAAAAAUGUUCAUUCUCUUCGUCUUUCACUUUUAGGCAAUUUGAACUGAAGGUUUGCAGGUGGACAAUGUCAGACACUGCCAUUAGCUUGCUCAGGCUAUUUUAGAUGAAGACAUAUGUGCUGACCUCGCGUUUGAAGCGAUAUACUGCUAUCUUUUCAGUUAUCUGAAUCAGACACGAUGCUUGAGUGUUUCACGUGUGACAAUAAGAAUUGUUGCUUAGAAAGAACAUUUGAUGUAAACUUCGCUCUUCCUUGCUUUCUCGGUUGCAUGAACACUAUUCAGAAAUCACAGUCCUUCAUGCCUAUAACACAAAGUUGUUAAAUACCAAACUAGAGAGUGUUUUCUGCUUCAAUCUCACAACUAUAACAAAGGGCCAUCUUCUAUCUUGUCACUGGUCCCAUGUUCCUACUUUCUUUUUUUUUUUUAUGGCUGUAUUUGCAUUUUACAUUUUAAUUUUUUAAAAAAUGGAUUCAUAGCAGUUUCAAUGUCAUUUGGUAUUGGUAUUCUUGACCAAGAGCAAACUGAGAGCAGAUGGUUGACCGAGAGUGAUGCCACCUGGUCUGUCACUAGUGCCAGAUAUGUUAUCUCCUAUCCAUGGACGUUUGUGACGAGAGAGGGAGACCAGAUAAAAGGCAAACUGUUUGUAAAUAGGCUAUCCAAAAUAACACUGGAAUGCAGGAGAAAGUAUGAAAAUCCUAGCUUGCCUAUGCCCUAUAUUGUCAUUCUGUUUCUUUCCUUCCAGGUAUAGCUUAUGGAAGUUUGUGUUCUUAAUUCCUGAAUCCUUAAUGCACACCAUUUCCCUUUCCUUUAAUAAACUAGUGUGUGUGUAUGCACGCACAUGCGCUCCUAGGCAAUGAUGAAAUGAAGAUACAUGCAUACAUACAUUAGGUGUCUCUAGUAGUAUAGUUCAUUGAAACGCUUCUUUUUUUGAAUAAAAUGCUUUGUCCACCAUUCCCCUUCAUUUUAUAUUCAGCUGCAUGAGCAGGGGUUACCUUUUUUGUUUCCCAUAACAGAACAAUAUAACACAAUACAAGGUUACAACUAAAAAGAAAUCUUUAUUUCUUUUUUUGCUCAAACUAAAGAUGCUCAGUUUGCUCCACUUUGGCACUGUGGGCUGCCUUUGGCUGCAGUCCUAAGCGUACUCUCUAAUGAGUAAAUAAACAUGCUUAGGGUUGCCCUGUCAAUCUGAUGAGCCAAUGGCUGUGGUUUGAAGAAAACAGCCUGGCAAGCCAAAUUGGACUCUCUGGCAGGCUAAUAUUGGCCCACAGGCUGGAGGUUCCCCAGCCUGCCUUAAGCCAUAGUUAAUAUUAACCACCGUUCCAGAUACAUCACAAUAAACCAUGGUUAACUGACAACAUAAAUGAAAGCUUCCAGUGUCUUCCUUGUAGAUGUGCAGUAGCAGGAGAUGGGGAAGUUCAAGGCUUGUACGUGUAACACUAAAUGACUGUAUGGGUUCAAAGCCUUGAGUUAUAUAAACAUCUUAUAUGCUUACCUUUUGGUAUUUUGGAAAUGGGCAAGGUAAAAAGAAGUGUUAUUUUCUGUCUUCAAGAUUCUUUAUCCUGGCCUUUUCAGAUAUCAGGUUUUUUUAUACACCACUCCAGAUAGAUUUCAGCUGCAUCAACCUUUGUCAUCAUUACUUCUUUAUUUUUGUUUGACCUUUUCAGAAAUCAUAGAAAAAUGAGGCAAUGCUGUACAACCAUUAAUUACUGUUGCUUCUCUAUUUUAAAGAAUUUGAACCUACCCUAUCCUUUAACUGUCAAGCACUUAAUUAUUGAAUGUUCACAGCCUCCCCAUUCUUAUCCAACAAAACCCUUGCAGAUGGCCACAGAAACAUUUGCAGGGAGAUUUGCCCAGUUAACUACAUGAUACAGAACCUCCCACUUCUUGACCAUUUGGUGGUGAUGCAUCAUAUUAUCCUCUGUGAUUAUUGCAGCAGCUGUAGGUUUUUGUAAAAAAAAAUUAAAUAAUCAGUUUACUUAGUGACUGUAGUGCAUAUAUUUUGUUAAAAAUAUUUUGCAUACAAGGGUGGAAUUUAAAUUCAAGAAAAAUGUGCCCCCCCCCCCGAAUAUGUGGGGCUGAUGCAAACAGUGUACCACAAGUGCAAAGCAAGAGCUGGAAACAUGUUUCGAGCCAGGUGAAAACAUUCCUCUUCUAGUCCUUUGGCUAAUUAAACAAUCUGUGUGUUUUUAAACUGUGUGUUUGUGUGGGGGGUGUUUGUUGUUUUGUUUGUUAUUCUGUUAUCUUUUUUCUGUUGACUGUAAACUUUUCUGUGAUGAAAGGACCUUUAUAUACAACUGAAGGGCAGUAUAUAAAUGUAAUAAAACAAUGUUAUUUUUAUUACAUUUAUAUGUAAUAAAUGGCAAGAAAAGUGAACGGAGCCACAAGUUAUGGGCAAACGUAUUGCUUUUGAUUAUUCAGAAAUGCUUAAGCCUUUUGUCUUUAACAUAAACGGGCUUUAUAGUAGGGAGGUGCCAUUUUUUACAAUAUUGUUUUCUGUUGGUGUGAGAUUUUCAGCUCACAGAACUCAUUUAGAGGAGUUUUAUCGGAUUUGCAAGUAUUGGGUUAUACAAAACACAUUUGCUUAAAAUUUGCUUAAAAUACUUCUCCAAACCAUGGUUUAGCAUGAAGUCAUGGGUUCCUGGGGAGGAGAUUGCAGCUGUUCUGCUCCUCCUUGGUUCUUUUAUCUCAUAGCUAAGAAGGAGGGAGCUUAACCAUGAGCCUAGGUUAAACAGUAUGUUAAGCCAAACCUUGGUUUAGCAGCUAUACCACACUAUAUUGAGCUAAAAGGACUGGAGAGGGGCACAGCAGGUACAAGCACCUCUCUGGGAGCCAACGUGAUCAUACAGUCCAGGCAAGCCAUAGUUUGGCUUACUGAGUCAUGCCAACAACAUGGGCGUAGCCAGUAUUUUUUUUGGGGGGGGGCAGAACCUCAGUUUGCUAUGUAUUUUUAUUGAUUUGGGGGGGCAGUUGCCCCUCCCAAGGCCCCAACAAGGCCAUAGUAUUUACUUUUGCUUUCUUUUAUGUUCUGAAAUAUUUCAACCAUUUCUUGCAUUGUCUAAGAGUUCCAUCUGGCAUGUGGCUAAACUGAACAUGAAACCUGGUUUCUCUUGAAGCAGUUACAUACAGUGGCAUGUAUCCCAUGCCGUUCAUCCUCUGAAACAAUGAUCACUAAUGUAUAAGAAAGUAAAUUCCAUUGAUUUCAGUUAGAUCCUUACAUUGGACAGUGUAUAUCGAGAUGCAUGCUGUUGAAUCAGACCAAUAUUGGUUGAAAUCUUGCAUAGUUUGGAGAACUGGAAGAAGUAAAUACUGUGCUUUACCAUAGUAUCUAAUAAAUCAUGAAUGGCUUCAGCUAGAGACAUUUAGAUGAAUUUUGUGGUAUGCAGAUGGCAUUAUGUGGCCAUCUUUUAUUUUGCCCUUCUUCGUGAUCAACCAGCUCUGCGUGCUAAGAAUGCCUGCGGUAAAACUGUUCCGUUGAUUAAAUGAAAGUAGGAUGUGCUAAGGUGUUGGCAGCAUUUUGUUCACCCAAAGCUUCAUUUGGUGGCAUAGUAUAUAGUGAAAAUAACGUUUCUCUGUUUUCUGUUUGAUAGGUCAAAUACAAACGUGACUUUGAGGAAAGCAAAGGAAGAGGUUUCAGCAUUGUAACUGACACACCGGAACUGCAAAGACUGAAAAGGACUCAGGAGCAAAUUAGUAACGUAUGUGGCCCAUUGAUAGUAGUUCAGAAACGUGAUGCACAAGUGAAAUGGCAUGGUUGGAUCCGAUGGAAUGUUUCCAGGUGUGAGUUUGUAUGUAUGUGGGGACUGGAAUGGUUUUAUGCUUUUGUGUUUGUUGUGCUUGAGUUCGAAGCUUUGUGUUGCUUGUGUAGCACGAUGGUGGUGUGUGUUUCCCCUCUCCAUACCAAUUAAAGGUGGACUUACUGUUUACAUUCAUUCCUUUAGAGAAACAAUUUCUUGCAAAUAAGCACCUUUCUGCUUUCAUGUAAUGUGCAGGAUAAAAACAAUAAACCAAAUUUCCAGGUAACUUCAUCUUGCAGAAUUACUUUACUUACAAAUAAUAAUGGUUUUGCUUCUCUUUGCCAUGUCUGUAACUCUUGGCUUAAUAUAUAAUGUGGGUCAUGCUCAAUCAGUGAUGUGAGUUUUCUUCGAAAAAAAUCCUGUGCAGAUUAGGAUAAUCUGCACUGAAAAUUUUCCAGAGUGCACUGGAAUUUUUUCCCCCUGAUGUCCUGGAGAGCAGAAGUGGACAUAAGUGCUUCCUUGACCUCCUGGUAGGUAAGUCACUACUGCUUACCAGAAAUGGGAGAGGCGAGGCAGCAGGGACAUGGUGAAAAUGCACAAGCCUGAGCUAAUCUGGCACCCCGCCAGUGCGUUUGCACCACACCUCCUUCCUUUCCACCUUGUCCUUCCGUAAGUGCCCCCACCCAGCCAUGCUAUCUGCUAUUGUUACAAAGUGUUCUGUAACAAUGUUUGUUUUACUUGCAUCUAGUAUGCAAAACUCAUAACUCUGAAACUGCCAAUGGUGCCUUAUAGCGCAUUUGCAAUGGACUUCAAUAUAUUAUUUCAUCUAAUUCUUAUUUUAACUGCCUUUAGAUAUACCACACAGCCAAGUUGUAUUGACUAAAACAUGAUUGAAAUUGCCAAGAAAAAGGGUUGAUUUUAAAUAAUUGUUUCCCAAAUAAGCAUGCAUACCAUUUGGUUAUUGGGACAAAUUAAAACACAUCUCUUUUGACAGCAAAUAGUCUUUAUACUGCUCAGGACUAUAAAACAAGACUUCUGGCCAUGUACAGUGGUACCUCGCAAGACGAAUGCCUCUCAAGACGAAAAACUCGCAAGACGAAAGAGUUUUUAGUUUUGUGAGUUGCUUCGCGAGACGAAUUCCCCUAUGGGCUUGCUUCGCAAGACGGAAACGUCUUGCAAGUUUGUUUCCUUUUUCUUAAAACCGUUACAGUAAUACAGGGUGCAUUGCUUGAAGAGGUGCAGUUGUGACUUGACUUCGGGGAGCAACUCAUAGCACGCGGUGUGGUAGCCUUUCUGAGGUUUUUGAAGAUUUUUUUGAAAAAAUUGAAACCGUGCUUCGCAAGACGAAAAAACUCACAAGACGAAAAAACUCGCGGAACAAAUUAAUUUCGUCUUGCGAGGCACCACUGUAGUUCGCAUGAUUUUGCAUUCCACAAUUUGAAUCUUGCUUUUGGGGAUGUGUUGUUGUGAAGUUCUGAAGGUGUGGUGAUAUCGCCCCUUUAAGUCUGGUUUAUGGGAAUGGGUUAGAUCCUCAGAAAUAAUGAGCUUACAUGCAGCUGCCUCCCUUUAAGGCUUCAAGACCGGUGUCACAAGGUAUUUAGGUGGAAGAGGUGAACGCCCAUGGUCUAAGUUCCCAUAAAACCUGGAUUGGUGGGAGCUCUCUGUAGCUAACCAGGCAAGGUCAGCGUCUAUUGGGGCUUUUGACAGCAUCUUCUUCCAUUGCUCAGCC